CGUGAGUGAAAAAAAAAUGAAACAUGCGAUGAAAUGAAAAAAAAACUGAAAUUAAAAUGCAAAUGUUGACAUCACGGUUGGGAUUUUAAAAAAAAAGUGAAUGAAUCUUUUUGCUACAAAUCUGAUUCCAUCAGUAUAUGUAUUAUUUAUAUCGUCACGUAUUCUUCUGUAUACAGUACUGUAUGUGUCUUGAAUGCGUCACAGUCGAGGACCAAAGGUGAAAUAUUCAUGCAGUCAGUAGAUGGAAGUAUCACCGCAGAAGAUGAACCCAACGAACAGAGACCAACCCUCGAAUAAGUUAUGGAGUUACGUCAACAUUGGACCAGGAAGUGUUGUGGAAUUUUCUAUUUUGCGAAACAAUUAAAGGCCACUACCAAUAGGUUGCAACAUGGACGACACACUUUUCCAGUUGAAGUUUACUUCGAAACAACUUGAGAGACUAGCCAAAAAGGCAGAGAAGGAGUCUGAAAAGGAGCGCACAAAGGUCCAAAAGGUUCUGCAACAGAAAAAUGUGGAAUGUGCAAGGGUUUAUGCUGAAAAUGCCAUCCGGAAAAAAAAUGAAGGACUGAACUGGCUGCGCAUGGCAUCUCGUGUUGACGCUGUGGCCACUAAAGUCCAGACUGCUGUCACAAUGAAAUCGGUGACAAAAAAUAUGAGCCAGGUGACCAAGGCUCUGGAUAAAGCUCUGAACUCUAUGGACCUUCAAAAGGUCUCUGCUGUCAUGGAUAAGUUUGAAAGCCAAGUCCAGAACCUUGAUGUCCACACCUCAGUGAUGGAGGGCUCCAUGAGCUCUGCAAUGACACUGACAACACCGCAAGAUCAGGUAGACGAAUUGAUUCACCAAAUAGCUGAGGAGAGUGGCCUGGAGGUGAUGGACCAGCUCAACAAGUUGCCAACAGGAGCCACCUCAGAGGGUGCAGAAAGUUCACGGAGCCAAGAGAAGGAAGACCAGCUUUCUAGACGGUUGGCAGCUCUGCGGAACUGAGAAGCGACUAGGCUCACGGCUGUGUGGGAAAAAUGACAGGUUUGAUGGUGGUGAUAUUUGUGUAUUUGUUUUGAACUGUUCCUACAAGGAGGAUAUAUCGCUUUCACAUUUUCUUGUUUCGGCCUAAAGAUUUUGUGUGUGUGCUCCUGUGUAUGCCAUCUGCAAAAUGAAUGUUUUUAUUGACUGUGUAAUGACAACAAUAAAGAUGUACAUUUGUAAAUCACAACAAUUAUAGUGAUUACAAGGGAGUAGGCGAUGUUUUGCUCUUGUGGACCUUUUGGACAAAUACUGUUGUCAUGUGUUACUGAGUGGAAAACCACCCAAGAAUUUCAUCCUCUCAUUACAUUCAUCUAAGUCCCAGGUAUGCCUUAACAUUGAACACACCAGUGGACAGUCCUUACAUUAUAACACUACACGAAGGGUGGGAAAUUAAUUUUUAUAAGCGGCCACAGGAGAAACCAGAAUUCUGUCAGAGGGCCGCACCAUUGGUAACUUGCACUCCAGUGUAGAAUGCAUUAAAUUCUAUAUUUUGAAUUGCUGGUAUUUUU